GCGCUCGGACGGGGAACAAAGAGCGGCGGCUGAGGAAGCGGAGGAACGGCGGCGGCGCUGCAGCGGCGGGCGGGACUGGUAUGGUGGUUCCACAGGUCAGACCCCGCUGCACUCACUGGGAGGAGGAGGCGGCGGCAACGGCGGGGGAAAGCGGCGCACCCCGAGAGGCAUGCCCAAAGAAAAAUACGAGCCCCCUGACCCUCGGAGGAUGUACACAAUUAUGUCCUCUGAGGAAGCAGCGAAUGGAAAGAAAUCACAUUGGGCAGAACUUGAAAUAAGUGGAAAAGUAAGAAGCUUAAGCUCAUCUUUGUGGUCACUAACUCACUUGACAGCUUUGCAUCUGAGUGACAAUUCCCUGUCCCGCAUUCCUUCAGAUAUUGCUAAGCUUCACAAUCUGGUGUAUCUGGACCUGUCCUCUAAUAAAAUCCGUAGUUUACCGGCAGAACUCGGAAACAUGGUAUCACUCAGGGAGCUCCAUUUAAAUAACAACCAGUUACGAGUUCUACCUUUUGAGCUGGGAAAACUGUUUCAGUUGCAGACAUUAGGCCUGAAAGGAAAUCCACUUACCCAGGAUAUAUUGAACCUCUAUCAGGAACCAGAUGGAACAAGAAGGCUACUGAACUAUUUGCUUGAUAAUUUGUCAGGUACUGCAAAAAGAAUUUCAACAGAACAACCACCCCCAAGAUCUUGGAUUAUGUUACAAGAACCAGAUAGAACAAGGCCAACUGCCUUGUUUUCUGUCAUGUGCUAUAAUGUUCUUUGUGAUAAAUAUGCGACCCGGCAGUUAUACGGCUACUGUCCAUCAUGGGCACUAAAUUGGGACUACAGGAAAAAGGCCAUUAUUCAAGAAAUCUUGAGCUGCAAUGCUGAUAUCAUAAGUCUUCAGGAGGUUGAAACGGAACAGUAUUACAGUUUUUUUCUGGUAGAACUGAAAGAGCGUGGCUAUAAUGGGUUCUUUAGUCCUAAGUCUAGAGCUAGGACAAUGUCAGAACAAGAAAGAAAACAUGUUGAUGGCUGUGCAAUAUUCUUCAAGACAGAAAAAUUUACAUUGGUUCAGAAACACACUGUUGAAUUUAAUCAGCUAGCAAUGGCAAAUUCAGAAGGGUCUGAAGCUAUGCUGAACAGAGUCAUGACAAAAGAUAACAUUGGAGUUGCAGUACUGCUAGAACUUCGAAAGGAAUUGAUUGAAAUGUCAUCUGGAAAGCCACAUCUUGGAGCAGAAAAACAACUUAUUCUUGUUGCUAAUGCUCAUAUGCAUUGGGACCCUGAGUAUUCUGAUGUGAAGUUGGUACAAACUAUGAUGUUCCUCUCAGAAGUGAAGAACAUUAUUGAUAAAGCCUCUCGAAGCCUCAAAUCUGGUGUAUUGGGAGAAUUUGGAACUAUUCCACUUGUGUUAUGUGCAGAUCUUAAUUCUUUGCCAGACUCUGGUGUUGUAGAAUAUUUGAGCACUGGUGGAGUAGAAACAAAUCAUAAAGACUUUAAAGAACUGAGAUAUAAUGAAAGUCUUACAAACUUCAGCUGUAAUGGGAAGAAUGGAACAACCAAUGGAAGGAUCACGCAUGGUUUCAAGUUAAAGAGUGCCUAUGAGAGUGGCCUGAUGCCUUACACAAAUUACACAUUUGAUUUCAAGGGUAUAAUUGACUACAUCUUCUAUUCUAAACCUCAGCUGAACACUUUAGGCAUCCUGGGACCUCUGGACCACCAUUGGCUAGUUGAGAAUAAUAUCAGCGGCUGCCCACAUCCACUCAUCCCCUCCGACCACUUCUCACUUUUUGCACAACUGGAGCUCUUACUGCCUUUCCUGCCCCAAGUUAACGGCAUUCACCUUCCUGGCAGGAGGUAGUCAAGUACCUUCAGACGACCACCUCAAUUUUACUUUAAACUCGUGAAAAUCUGAAUAUAGGGGAGUGAGGUAUGGCCACUAGGGAUUUUUUUUUCUUAAUGAUGAUUUGAAUUUUCAAUCUGAUUAUUUGAUAAGGAUAUAAUAUGAAAGCCAGGUGCUAGCAACAGACAAAUUCUGAGCCCAAUAUGCUUUAUAUAUUGCUAGACAGGGAUUGGUGUAUUUGCACCUAUCUUUAAUUUGUUACAAGUAUUUUUCCUGUUUCUUCUAUCCAAUAUAAUAUUUUCAUGCCUUGAAAUAGGAAAAUGUUUGAACAGCAUAUUCUCUUUGCACAGAAAUCUGUAGCACUAUUUUUUUGAGGCCAGUAGUAACAUCCAGAGACCAUUCUUCCAUACUUUACUCCCUCCUUUUUCAGACUUGUUUGUAAAAUAUAGAAUUUGAAUUUAGCCUUUAUGAUUGUAUAUGAUCCAUAGAAGACCUGAUUUAUGAAAUUUUGUACUAAAAAAAUCAGAUUUGGAAAUGAUGAUUGUAUUGUAAACUAAGGCUAAUUUUUUUUUUAAACCUGUUUCAUGUGUUAUAAAGGCCAGCUUGUAAAAGAAGUUGCAACAGACUUUCUCUGCUAAUGAUUUGCACUGUUAGGGUUUUGUUAGCCCUUUUAUACUACUUUUUUUAAAAACUGAGAACAUUGCUCUUUAAAUCUAAAUCUGCUUAAACCUUAGGACAUUUUCUUGGAACCAGAGGCAACUUAUUCAUGAAUUUCUGAAUUUUUAUGAAAGCUAUCUACCAGGACAGAUAAGCUGAACAUUGAAUGAUCUGUAGGCAUUUAUGGACCGAAUGUAAUAGUUAUAUAUGUACAUUCUGAUAUUUUUAAAUCUUUAACUUCUUUAAGUUAAAAAAUUAUAGCUGCUUAGGUACAGCUUUUUAACUCCUUUUUAAGACACUUCCUGUCCUAUCUCCACAGUGCCUGCCUAAAUUUGUUCUCACCAAGCACUGCCUGUGCAUGCAGAGAAAAUCUGUGCAUCCUCUUUUAUAUUUUUAAAAUACCGUUUAGCGUUUGUGAGAAUAUUAUGAAAAUGCUUUUGUCUGAGCUGUGGCUUUUUUCCCGUAGUGAAGCAUUAAAUAUCACAUUUUGGAACAUAUUCAUAGGGUGGGUCCCUGGGUCUUUGCUCACCAGACCCAAGCACUGCUUCUUAGUGUCAUUGCACAGUGCUGUUUGUCACCCAGAAUACUACUAUCAUGUGAAUUCUUUUUGUUACUCAUGUAUUCCUUAGUCUCUAUUUUUCAAAGAAAAUCAUUCCUUUUUAAAGAAAAAGUAAUUUUCCGUUUAUGAAGCAGUAUAAAUUAGAUGCAUUUUCAAAACAGGUCCCUAAGACAGUUCUUCAGAUCAUUUUUAAAGUGAUGACUAAGUCAUAUUAAUAUGUGAACAAAGAUAAAAGUUAUAUUGUAUUUUGCCCAUAGUGCUAUUAGAUUAAAGAUUAAAGCCAGCUUAACUUUGCAAGUUAAAUCAUAUAUAUUCUGUUCUCAUUCAUUCAUUUUUCUCUCAAAAAUCAAAUAAAUUCAGAGGGAGCUUGGUCUAACUGCUUUUGUUUCAACUGCAAGCAGGUGGGGAGCAAAAGGACAUGUGAGUGUUAAGAAGAAAAAAUUGUUGAACAUUAACAAUUUUUAUACAGAGAAUGAGUCAUUUUGGAUAAUGACUUAAAUUUUAUGAAAAAUGC